GAGCACAUUGCGAAGCAAGAGCUAUCUGGAGAUAGCCAAGCUCGGUUACGAAGUUAUUGCCAAAAUGCCGUCGCCUAGAUUUAUAAAGAGCCACUUCCCUUUCACAAUGCUUCCUGGACUUUUAGAUGUUGUUUGAAAGGUCGUAUACGUUGCUCGCAAUCCGAAAGACGUUGCAACCUCUUGGUAUCAUCUUAAUUAUGCCAUAAAGACGGAUAGGCAUAUCGGCGAUUUUGCCACCUUUUGGAAUUACUUCAAAAAUAGUUUGACUCCCUGGAAUCCAUAUUGGGCACAUUUAAAAGAGGCGUGGGCCUUGAGAAAUAACAAAAAUCUUCUGUUCAUGUUUUACGAGGAGAUGACACACGAUUUUCCGAAAGCAAUUAAGAAGGUAACGAAAUUUUUGAACAAGACAUACACAGACGAAGAAGUUAGCAAGGUUGUGGAUUAUCUGGACAUUAAGAAUUUCCGGAACAAUCCGAUGAUCAACUAUCUGAGAGCUUGUGGGAUCAUCGCCGAGGAAAGUUUCGUGAGAAAAGGAGGCACUAAUUGGAAAAAUAUAUUUACUGCGGAAAUAAAUGCGAAGGCAGACAAAUGGAUCGAAGAAAAUCUCACAGACACCGAUUUGUGUUUCCUAUUUUUCAACAAUAAUAACAACAACAUAAAUAACAACAAUUGAAAAGUCGUCAAAAGAUCAGAAAGAUUUUAAUCUCUAAAUAAAGUUUAAUUAUUUAAUGAAUGUACAUAUUUUACGCAUUUAAUAAGAGGAAUUUAAUCGAAACAAUUACACACA